AUGGUGUUAACAGCGGACUCGCCACUGAAUCUAGCGGUUGGAGUGGCGCAGUUUGAUGGACUCUCUGCUGCCAAUUUGUUUUCCUUGCGGCAAAGGCCGACAGAUACCCAAACAGACACCGAGGACGAUCGAGCGGAGAGUAAUGACGACAAUGUCGCUCCUGUUCCCUUCCCAAUCGCUAUCGUGGGCAUGUCAAUGAGGCUGCCGGGAGGUGUCAACUGCGAGAAAGGGUUUUGGGACUUCUUGUUAAACAAACGAGACGGUCUGUGCCGAGUCCCCGACAAUAGAUAUAAUAUCGACGCCUUCUACAAGGAGUCGACCUCUGGUGGGAUUCGGACGCAACAGGGCUACUUCCUUCAGCAGGACAUCGCUCAUUUCGAUGCUUCUUUCUUUGGAAUGAGCAAGGUCGAGGCUGCCAGGCUGGAUCCGCAACAGCGAAUGUUGAUGGAGAUUGUCUGGGAGUGCAUGGAGAACGGAGGUCAAACACAAUGGCGUGGGAAAAACAUCGGAUGCUACGUAGGCGUCUUUGGCGAGGACUGGUUGGAUCUGCUGAGCAAGGACACCCAGGCUAAUGAUCGAUAUCGGGUCAUUGGAGCUGGGGAUUUUGCUCUAUCAAAUCGGAUAUCAUAUGAAUUUGACCUGCGGGGCCCGAGCAUGACCAUUCGAACAGGAUGCUCGUCCUCGUUGGUCGGCUUGCAUGAGGCCUGCCAGGCUUUGUACUCGGGGGAAUGCGCUUCUGCCUUGGUUGCUGGGACUAACUUGAUUAUCACGCCGACUAUGACCACCUCCAUGUCUGACAAUAUGGUCAUCUCGAAGAGUGGGAUUUGCAGGACAUUUGAUGCCGCGGCGGAUGGUUACGGCAGGGGGGAGGCUGUGAAUGCAGUCUACAUCAAACCGCUGGAUGCCGCCCUGAGAGAUGGGGACCCCGUUCGAGCGGUUAUUCGGUCAACUGCUGUCAAUUGUGAUGGUAAAACGCCUAGUAUAACCACCCCGGGCUCACAGGCACAAGAGCGCCUAAUCCGGCGAGCAUACCAGAGAGCACAGAUUACGGAUGUAUUCAACACAGGCUUUUUUGAGUGUCAUGGCACAGGCACGGUUGUCGGGGAUACAGCAGAGACGUCUGUUGUGGCAAAAGUCUUUGGAGACCAUGGUAUACACAUCGGUGCAGUGAAGGCGAACGUCGGUCAUUCAGAAGGCGCUUCAGGAAUUACAAGCGUCAUCAAAUGUGUCUUGUCAUUGGAGAGAAAGACUAUCCUGCCGAAUGUCUUCUUCAAGGACCCAAAUCCCAAUAUACCCUUUGAGCAAGCAAAGUUACAGGUUCCCAUCAAGGCCAUGCCGUGGCCCGUCGAUCGACAUCAACGAGUCAGCGUGAAUUCAUUUGGAGUCGGCGGUACCAAUGCCCAUCUCAUCAUGGAUUCCGCAUCGACAGUGUGUAGAGAAAGAUUAUCAUUGUGUAGAGAAGGAUUGUCUGACAAGGCGUCAGAAAAAUGCUCUUCUCAUUUGUUGCUUGUUUCAGCCAAAUCACCCAAGUCAUUAGAGGGGAAUAUCGAGGCUCUCAAGGCUUACAUCGACACUAGCUCGGUUUGCCCCAGUGACCUCGCACAUACCCUAGCCUUGAAAAGAGAACAUAUGGUCCACCGAGCCUUUGCAAUCCUUGAUAGCAACGGCCAGGUUUCGUCUUUUGAGCGAUUGAAGUCUGGGUGUCCACAGGUGACAUUUGUACUCACAGGACAGGGCGCGCAAUGGCCAGGGAUGGGAAGGGAGUUGUUCCUUGAAAGCGAGAGAUUCCGACAAGCUAUCAAAAUGCUGGAUCGCGUGCUGCAGUCGCUAGAAAAUCCACCAAAGUGGACCAUUGAAGGGGAGCUCCAACAGUGCAAUGACCCGGACAGGUUCAAAGAAGCUGAUGUGGCACAAACUUUAUGUGCUGCCGUCCAAAUAGGCGUCGUGAACAUACUCCGUGAAUGGGGAGUCAAACCUUCAUCAGUGAUCGGACACUCCAGUGGUGAGAUAGCUGCGGCAUAUGCUUCCGGUGCAGUACCUGCAGAGGUAGCCAUACGCAUUGCAUAUCUGCGGGGCCAGACUAUUAUGUCGUCAAGAUCGAACGGUGCCAUGGCUGCGGUGGGAUUAGGACGUGAACAGAUCAGACCUUACCUGAGGGAGGGUGUCGUGAUAGCAUGCGAGAACAGCCCACAAAACGUCACUGUUUCUGGGGAUCAGAGAGCUAUAGAUGAAGUGGUCGAAGAAAUUCAGGCCACCGACGACAUCUUCUGCAGACGUCUGACGGUAAAUGUUGCCUACCACUCUCCCCAUAUGAAGGAUCUCGGGGAGUCGUUCGAGAAGCAUCUGAGUCCACACAUGGCGUGCAAUAAGUCCAUGGUCCCUCUCAUUUCUACGGUCACUGGGGAAGUGAUCUGUGAGCCAGACCGCUUAAAUGCCGGAUACUGGCGACAGAAUUUGGAAUCUCCUGUGCUUUUCAGCAGCGCAGUCCAAAAAUUGACAGACGCCGACAAGGAGGAAAGGCUCUUCCUUGAAAUUGGGCCGCACAGCGCGCUCUCCAGUCCUCUACGUCAAAUAUUCUCGGCAGCGGACAAUAAGCGGCUAUACUACGUACCUACCCUGGUGCGACGCCAAGAUCAGUGGAGGUGCAUAUUAGCUACAGCAGGUCAAUUGUACAUUCAUGGCGCCGCUAUCGAAUUUGCUGGCCCACUUGCUGACAGUGGGAAGACAUUGACCGAUCUACCCCCUUAUUCGUGGGAGUAUAAUGAACGCUUUUGGAGCGAGACGCGGUUAGCCCGAGACUGGAGAUUGCGAGAACAUUCGCAUCAUGAGCUGCUCGGGUCUCGCGCCCUCGAGUCUACGGACAUCGAGCCAAUGUGGAGGAACCUCCUAAAGCUGGAUAAUGUACUAUGGCUCCUGGAUCAUAGGCUCAGUGGUGAGGUCGUGUUCCCAUGCGCCGCAUACGUUGCUAUGGUUGGUGAGGCCAUCCGACAGAUAUCAGGGUCCAAUGGCUAUUCGAUCCGAAACAUGUUCAUCAGGACUGCGCUGGUUCUAAGCCACGAAGAGCAUGACGAGGUGGAAAUCAUAACAAGCCUUAGGCCGGCAAGGAUAGCAGACAAUGUGGAUUCAGUAUGGUAUGAUUUUACCAUCACAGCCCACCAAGAUGGCGUUUGGACCAAACACUGUCUCGGACAGGUCUGUGCUGGGCAGGAUCGUCAACAUGUCCCUAUCCCACUUAGCCCACAUACCCGCCAUGUUCCAUCAGACAAAUGGUAUGAAGCCUUGGAGGCUAAAGGGCUGGAGUACGGCCCCCGAUUCCGGGGGCUUGACUCCAUCACUGCGAGUCCGUCGAGCCCACAUGCUGCAGCCGUCCUGCAUCCGAUUGAAGAGACCUGCGAGAGUCACUACGCCCUUCACCCUAUUCUCAUUGAUCAAUGCUUGCAGCUGCUCAGUGUGGCAGCUACGAAUGGCCUUGCGCGUCGGAUGACCAGGCUGUGCAUCCCAACGGCGAUCAGCAGCCUCUAUAUUGCUGAUGGGCCAGGAGAGAUGUCACUAGGUGUUUCCUGCGACAACAAGGUGGGGACUACCAUGCGCGGUAAUGCGCUUUUGGUUGCUGAUAGCCGCACCUUACUGUCUAUGCAAGACGGCGUGUUUUUCAGUAUUUCAGAUACUGCCUUGCGAGACGACGCGCCGCCAAUGGCAUCUACGCUUCACUGGAAGCCCCAUGUCGAUUUUGUGACCCCCGACAAGCUCUUACCACCAUUCCCGAAUACGCCGUACGAUAAGGAACAGAUUGCCUUCUUCGUGAGGUUGCUGAUCAUUGAGACGUAUCAUCAAACCAGGUCGGCAGCUCCUGCCAAAGAGCACUUGAGACGGUAUCAUCGAUGGAUCGAAUCGCAGUACAAGUUGAUCCACGACGAUGUCAGCGAUCUGCUGCCGGAGAUGCGAGACAAGCAUGCUGCCGAUCCCGCCACCCGGUGGUCUGAAAUCCAACGCAUCCUCGACGCGGAGCAAAGCCCUGUGCUAAGAAGUGUCUACACACUCGCCGAAAGGACCCUGCGUCAUAUCCGCGACAUUCUGGAUAAUAAAUGCAGCCCCAUUGAACUUCUGAUGGAGGGUGACGGGAUAGAGCAAAUGUACAAGGCGAUAGCCGCUGUCACGCAUUGCGACGCAUUCCUCGCUUUGCUCAGCCACUCCAACCCCAGCCUUCGCGUCUUGGAAAUCGGUGGAGGCACUGGUGCUGCCACGCGGGUGGCAUUAAACGCACUGACUUCUUCUGGCAAGGGCCGUCUGUAUACUGCACACACAUUUACUGAUAUCUCGGCAGGUUUCAUUUCCCAGGCCAAGGAAAAAUUCGCCGAGUUCAGGGGCAUGGAAUAUACAACACUCGACAUUUCCCAAGACCCAGAAUUGCAAGGGUUCACGCCUGGGUCGUAUGACUUGAUCAUCGCUGCCAACGUGCUUCAUGCCACGCCGCGCAUUUCUGACACACUCCGCAAUGUGCGCAGACUUCUCGCACCGACCGGCCGAUUGCUUCUGCAGGAACUGUGUUGUGAGAACCCCCUCAUGGGCUACAUCAUGGGUAGCCUGCCAAGCUGGUGGAUCGCAGAGGACGGCAGGGAUGUGCCCUGCGUGAGUCCCGAGAAAUGGCACGAGGAACUUAUACAGGCGGGCUUCACAGGUGCUGAUGUGGUGCGCCUGGACUAUGAGGCCCCAUACCAGUUCAAUGCCCACAUUUUGUCGCGGCCGUCUCCUCGUCUACCCAUCAAGGGUGAAAUCGGUCUUCUGCAUCAAGGUGAAGUCUCCGAUUGGGCUCAGGGGCUUGAACGACUUCUGUCGUCGAGGGGAUAUGUAGUCAAGUGGGUGACUUUGGAUGAAUCCCAAUUCCCCACGGGGACGGAUUUUAUAUCCCUCUUGGACUUGGAGAAACCCUUCUUCGACAAUCUUUCCCCUUCCAAAUUCCAUCAAUUCCAGCGGGUUACCUCACAUAUCACCAAAGGCCGCGCGCUAUGGCUUAUGCGAUCGAUCCAAUUAGUUGAGGCGGAUCCUGACCCGGCCCGUGCACUUACUUUGGGCGUCAUGCGCACCAUUCGACAAGAGCUGGCGCGAGGUAUAUCCACGGUGGAGAUAGAGCAGCUUGACGACGCAGCGAUGCAUCGUGUUAUUGAGAUAUUCGAGAAAGUGAAGACAUACGACGAGACUCAGGACCCUGACCUCGAUUAUGAGUUUGUUCUCAAAGAUAACGAUGUCUAUGUCGGUCGUUUCCAGUGGUCCUCCCUGGAUAGCGUCAUAACCUCUGCCCCCGAAACUGGAUCUCGUGUUCUGGACAUUGGGUCCCACGGAAUGCUGGAUACCUUGAAAUGGAGCUUGAGCGGGCGAGGCCUUUGCAUGGCGGAGGACGACAUUGAGGUUGACAUCAAAUGCGUAGGAUUGAAUUUCAAGGAUAUUAUGGUAUCCAUGGGCCUGAUGGGAGAUACAAGCGAAAUGGGUCUGGAAGGUAGCGGAAUUGUGCGGAGAGUCGGUCGUUCAGUGACAACUCUUCAAGCCGGGGAUCGAGUCCUGUUUGCUGGCAAAGGCAUAAUGGCUACACGGAGGAUAAUGCGCGUGAGUAGCUGCGUGAAAAUUCCAAGUAGCCUUUCCUUGGAGGAUGCCGCAGCGGGACCGUGUGUGUUCACGACGGCCAUCUACUCGCUGAUGUAUGUUGGACAGCUCCAGAAAGGACAAUCAGUGCUCAUCCAUAGCGCCUGCGGAGGCGUCGGACUCGCCGCCAUUCAGGUCUGCCAGAUGAUCGGGGCUGAGAUCUUCGUGACAGUCGGAAGCAAUGAGAAAAAGCAACACCUGAUUGACAACCUCCAGAUCCCUGAGGACAGUAUUUUUGACUCUCGGAGCCCCUCGUUCUUGCCAGAUGUGAUGAGAAUGACGGGCAACAGGGGAGUUGAUAUCGUCUUGAAUUCCCUUUCGGGGGAGCUCUUGCAUGCAUCCUGGAAAUGCGUCGCACCGUUUGGAAAGAUGAUUGAACUUGGUAAACGGGAUUUUCUGGGCCAUGGCAGGUUGGACAUGGACCUUUUUGACGGAAAUCGCACCUUCACUGGCGUCGAUCUGUCUCAACUCGCCGACAAGUCACCCGAGCUGUUCCGUGGUAUGAUAGACGAUUGUCUUCAAUUCUUCACGGAAGGAAAGCUCAAGCCAAUCCGUCCCGUGACUACCUAUGAAGCAACUGAUAUUGUGAAAGCCUUUAGGCUGAUGCAGAGUGGAAGACAUAUGGGCAAAAUAGUAAUCCGCAUGCCAGAGGAUCCUUCGACCUUGCCAGUAUCCCGAGUACACGAGAAAGGUAACUUGUUUCGUGACGACUCGUCCUACCUGCUUAUCGGAGGGUUUGGAGGCCUUGGUCGAGCGGUUGCAACAUGGAUGGUUGAGAAGGGAGCGCGGCAUUUGAUUAUCCUGUCCCGAUCCGGCGAGGAGUUGCCCCGGAAUCGAGCAUUCAUUGAAGAUUUAAAAAGCCGAAGUGGCUGCCAUGUCGUCAGUGUGACUGGAAGUGUCGCGAACUUGACCGACACACAAAGAGCAGUAUCAGCCGCGACGAAACCAAUUGCCGGGGUCAUACAGAUGUCAAUGGUGUUAAGGGAUGCAAGGUUUGAGGAUAUGGCCUUCGAGCAGUGGAACGAGGUCCUCGCGCCAAAGGUCCAGGGCACCUGGAACCUCCAUCACGCACUCGAUGGCCAAGCUUUGGACUUUUUUGUCCUUUUUAGUUCACUGACGGGCAUUAUUGGCUUUACCGGCCAAACGAACUAUGCAGCAAGCAAUACUUUCCUUGAUGCGUUCGUGAAAUAUCGUCACUCGCAAGGCCUAGUUGCAAGUGUCCUUGACAUAGGCUUCGUGGGAGACAUAGGAUAUAUCCCUGAGAACUCCCCCAAAACCCUCGAGUAUGCUCGGUCAGCAUCGUCACUAAUUGUAACCGAGCAGGAUUUGCUUCAUGCCCUAGAGCUUUCCAUACUUUCCGGACCGCUCAAGGGCCCAACUCAGCUUUGUCUUGGACUGGGAACCUCUAAGCCGCUCUCUGAAUGCGCAGCGCAGCCAGAUGCUCGCUUCCUAGGGUGGCAGAACGUCUUGACAGUCAACGAGGGCCAAACGACCGGCAAACGUGAUGAACUCCGGCGAUUGCUCGAAGAUGUUAAGCGUGAUCCAUCCAUCCUCUACAAGCCGGACACAGAGGAAAAGCUCACCUAUGAGCUUGGAAAGAUGAUCGCGUCUCACAUGUCGUACUCUGAAGAUUUGGAGCUGCACGAGCUCGCGAAUAUUGCAGUCGACUCUCUGAUGACCAUUGAAAUCAGGGCUUGGUUGAGACGGUAUGCCGGACUCGAGGUGUCGUUGGUGGAAAUCUCCAAGGCGGGCACGGUUGCUGGGCUGAGUAAAAUUACUCUAAAGAUGCUUCGUGAGAAAUACCAGUCAGGCGAGCUGGAGGUUGCGGACGUCAAACACGUGGCAUGGGGUUCCGGAGAGGAAGAUGAAUUGAAACUUUGCCUGCAGGAUAUUGAGCUGGGCAAGGACAUUGAGCCACUCUCGACUCAAAUCACGGAUUGGUAUGCUGACGGUGAAAGGCGUGUCUUUAUGACCGGGGCCACAGGAUAUUUGGGAGCAUUUUUCCUGGCCCUCCUGUCUGGUUUACCGCAGGUCAAGCAAGUCGCUUGUCUUGUUAGAGCCAAGGACGUGGAUUCCGGAGUAUCUCGCAUUAAAGAAGCUCUGGCUGGAUAUGGGCUUCCGUUCGACUUUAAACAGAAGCUUCGCAUUGUUCCUGGAGACAUCAGCAGCCCCACGCUGGGGCUCAGGACGGAGGAAUUUGACGAACUCGCUCAGUGGUCCAGUGUCAUCUUUCAUUUUGCGUCCUACUCCAACUAUACGCUCCCUUAUUCCUCUCACCGAGAAGCAAAUGUUCUCGGUCUGGUUAAUGUGCUCCGCUUUGCGAACGCUGGACGCCCUAAGCCGCUUCAUUAUGUGUCCAGUAUAUCCGCCUGCGGAGUGGCGGGAUACCUGGCAGGGCAGGUCAUUCCGGAGGACCAGAGGCCCGUGUUUGAUCCUGACAUAGUCAAAGAGCACAUUGGCUAUACUCAGAGCAAGGCCGUGGCGGAGCAUAUAGCGUGGAAUGCCAUCUCGAAUGGUCUCCCGCUGACCAUAUACAGGCCUGGAUUCGUCACGGGCCACAGCGUCACUGGGGCCCAUAAACAGCAGGACUUUAUUAACCGUCUGAUGGCCAACUGUCUUCGCAUCCGCAGCUAUCCUGUUGCUCCACAUGCCCGAAACCAAUUCAUUCCAGUUGACUUUGUCUGCUCCUCCAUGCUGCGGAUUUCUCUGUCUAGUGAAAACCUCUGCCACGCCUUCAAUCUUGUCCGGCCUGACCAGACACAGACCGUUACGUGGGAGGAGACAUUUGAGAUCCUCAACCAGAGUUGUACCGUGCCGCUGCGGCGCGUGUCUCCAGAGCAGUGGAUCGAUAUCUUUGCCGAACAUGGCAACGAGAGGGAGAAGGCGUGGAUUUCCAUACUAAAAGAGAGACUGGAUGGGAACUUGGUCUGGUGGGCGGUCGAUAAGGGCACCAUGGCUUUUUAUGAGACGAGCAACAUGCGCCGAGCGCUCUCGCGGUUCCCGGAGAUCCUUGAAGUGCCUUCUAUGGCUGCCCUGAUCAAGACCUACUUGUCUGUAUGGAGGAACCAAGAGUAGGGAGUAGUGGUGAUACAACGUGUAUACAUUCCACGACGCCGUGUAUGCAGGCUGGGCAAAUGUCUGCGAUGUCUACAAAUGGGCAUAUCCGCAAUAGUAUAG